GUCAUCUUUAAUACCAAGGUCACUCGCCAUUGUAGUACGCAGACACUUUAUCUUAAGCUCAUGAUGAACACAAGGAAGACAUAAGAAAGCAGAAUACGUGCUUGUGGUUACCUGUCUUGAUCCAUGAGUACAGAUGGACCUGUCUGGAUGUGACACCACAGCAAAUUCUUCCCAGGAGUCCCAGGAAGGAGAGGUAUCGCCAACUUCACAUCUCAAUACCAAACACAAUACAGUACAAAGUGGAAAUUCAAAAUGUCUAUUGAAGAGAAAAAUACCACCAGUGAAGAGUGUGGAACAUCAUCAUCUCAGAACAAUAUUCUUCAAAAACAACUGCUUGUGCUUGGUGGCAUAAAGAAUUUUGAGUGUGAUGAAUGUGAGAAAACAUUUUCAAGGAGCAGUAUCCUCCAACAACAUAUGGUUGUUCAUAGUGGCAUCAAAAAUUUUAAGUGUGAUGACUGUGGGAAACUUUUUUCACGGAAAGGUCAUCUCGAUUGCCAUUCAAUUGUACACAGUGGUGUUAAGAAAUUUGAAUGUGAGGAGUGUGGGAAAUUAUUUUCACAUAACAGUAGUCUCCAAAAACACUGGAUUGUGCACAGUGGUGUCAAGAAUUUUAAAUGUGAGGAUUGUGGGAAACUGUUUGCACGGAAGGGAAAUCUUGAUAGCCAUUUUCUUGUCCAUAAGGGUAUCAAACAGUUUGAAUGUGAUAAAUGUGGGAAACAUUUUUCACGAAACAGUCAUCUCAAGAUUCAUAUGUUAGUGCACAGUGAUAUCAAAAAUUUUAAAUGUGAUGAAUGCGGGAAACAAUUUACUCAUAAGACUACUCUUGAGAAUCAUUUGCUUGUACAUGUUGGUGACAAAAAGUUUGGUUGUCAAAUAUGUGAGAAACACUUUUUGCAGAAAGGUGCUCUCAAAAAACACAUGCUUGUGCACAAUGGUGUCAAAAAGUUUAAAUGCAAUGAAUGUGGGAGACAUUUUUCUCAAAAGAGUACUCUUGAUAAGCAUUUACUUGUGCACAGUGGUGUCAAAGAGUUUGGGUGUGAUGAGUGUGGGAAACAUUUCUCGCGAAAAAGUCACCUCCAGAAUCAUUCACUUGUGCACAGUGGUAUCAAAAAGUUUAAAUGCGAUGAAUGUGGGAAGCAAUUUUCACAUGGGAGUAAUCUCCAGAAACACUUGCGUGUACACAGUGGAGUAAAAAAAUAUGAAUGUAAUAUAUGCAUGAAACAUUUUUCACAUGAAAGUAAUCUCAAGAAACAUAUGCUUGUGCACAGUGGUGUCAAAGAGUACAGAUGUGAGAAAUGUAACAAAUAUUUUUCACAAAAAAGUCAUCUCAAGAAUCAUUUGCUUCUACACUCUGGUAACAGAAGGUUUGAGUGUACUGAAUGUGGGAAAAAGUUUUUACGCAAUGGUGAUCUGAAGACUCACUCACUCGUGCACAAUGGUAUAAAAAAGUUUAAGUGUGCCGAGUGUGGGAAAAAGUUCUUACGUAAAGGUGAUUACAGGAAGCACCUGCUUGUUCAUGUGAACAAGGAUGAAAAAGAUUUGGUCAAAAGCUCCAUUAGUAAGGAGGUUGAAUGUGGGAUAAAGCUCAUACAUAGUGAUGACCUCGAAAAACAUUUGUCUGUCCGUGAAAGCAAAGAUGAGCAACAGUUAGGCAAAAGCUCCAGCAAGAAGGAUGACAAAUGUAAAAAAUGUGGGAUGAAAUUUUUACGGAAUUGUGACCUCAAGAAACACUUGGUUGUCCAUGCAAAAAUGAGCGUCAAACAAGAAAUGGUCGAAAUCCCCACUAGGGAGGAGUUUGAAUGUAUGGAAUGUGGGGAAAAGUUUUCACUUAAUGAUGAUCUUAAGAAACAUUCACUUGUCCAUGAAAGUAUGAGUGAACAAGGAUUGGCCAAAUGCUCUGAUCAGACAGAGUUCAAGUAUAUUGAAUGUGGGGAAAAAUUUUCACAUAAAGAUGAUGUAAAGAAACUUUUACGUGUACGGGAAAGUAAGGGUGAACAAAAAUUUAUCAAAAUUGAGUUCUUGAGAUGUGAGGAUGAGAGAAAUUCACUCAGUGGUUCAGGCAGUCAAUCAGUCAGUCAGUAAAGACAUGGGUAGUGUUGACCAAGGCUCCAUUUAUUUUUUGACACCACCAUGUAAGAAAUUAUGAAAAAAGAUAAAACAAUUUGAUUCUAUGCAUCUAUUUAGGCAGAAAUUGAGUUCACCAAAUCAAUCAGAUUUGAUUAUGAAGCACAGUACCUGUACUGAUAAAAUUCACUUCAAGAAAUAGCCGUAAGAAAAUGCACUUAAAUUAAAAUUUAACAGAGGUUAAGUGAGAAUUUGACUUACGAUAGGUCAAGAAGUAUAAAAAUGUGUAUCACUGUGACAAUUGUGUUGUGAUACUGUAGUAUUAUGUAUGAUGUGUUGCUGUAGUACUAUGCAUUAUGUACCCUGUAAUGCUUAAGUACAGUAUUACUGUAUAUGAUGAGAUGCUAUAGUGCUCAUCAUCGUACAUUUGAAGAUGUAUGCUUGGCCAAUAGUUUUUGAGAAAAGUCAUGUCAUAUCAUGUAAAUAGGGAUGUACAGCAGUUAAAAAAAAAGUAUCUGACAGGGUGGGUUCGAUGACAUCGCAAAUUAUACGUACAACUCGAGAUGUCUCGGGAGGGUUGGUAUGCAUGUCUUCACCCACCACCAUUCAGUAUCCAACACGGGGGGAGGGGGGGGGGUGAGUUGGCAAAUAAGAAUAAAGUAAACAGUUAAGUGAUUACUAUCACACAAUAUAAGGAGACAACACACAUAUCUCAAUACCUAUCAUAUUGUUUCACACACAGUAUGCACAGAUACUUUUUUUUAGCUACUGUACAUACAGAAGAUGGACUUAAUGCUGUAUUACCUGCCCAUGUUUUGGAAAUUAUGUUUACCACAUCAAUUACUGUACAGUUGGUGUGCAAAGUCAUGAUUUUGUUUCAUAUAACCAUAAAUCAUAUUGAAAUGUGUAUAGAAUACAUUUGUGUAUAUUGUAUAUACUGCUUUUGGAGGUUAACCUUAAGUUAAAAUAGUCAUAGAUAGUAUAAUGUACAGUACUAUACUUCUUUACCAGAGGUUUUAAGCUUUUGAAAAUGUGAAUCCAUUUUUCUGGCAAUUAGUGCUAUUUACAAUAAGAUCAAGUGUUUUAUAAUAUAUAUAUAUAUAUAUAUAUAUAUAUAUAUAUAUAUAUAUAUAUAUAUAUAUAUAUAUAUAUAUAUAUAUAUAUAUAUAUA